CUUGAUAUGUAGAGAACUCCAGAGCAAUAGCGUUGUAUGACCCACUCGACAGAGAAAAAUAUCAACAUCCUUGGAAUUUGUGGAGCGAGCUGUGUUGGAACAGGCCUCUGCAGGUACACGCCCACCUGCGCAGUGCGUGAUAUACGUUUGAUAGGCGUUUGGUCAAGGUUGAAGUGGUAGGCACAAGAAGUAUACAUAGCAGCCUUUGCUGUGUUCUUGAAACCAUGCAUUUCGUCAAGAAAGCAACAUGUCGGGACCAAUUCAAGGAAAACUAGCCAUAAUCACUGGAGCCUCUCGAGGCCUUGGUGCUGCUCUUGCACAGCAUCUGGCUGCCAAAGGCGCACAUGUAGUCAUCAACUAUGCUUCUGAUGAUUCCACUGAUGCGGCCAAAGCCGUUGCCUCAGAGAUCGAGGCAAAGCACAAUGUCAGAGCUGUCCUUGCGCAAUGCGAUAUCACUACCCAGGAAGGCCCUCAAAAACUGAUCGAGAUCGCGAAAUCACAUUUCACAUCGAAUGGACAGUUCCAAAUUGCCAUACUCAUCAACAAUGCCGGUGUUGUUAAUCCAGCACCGAUGGGAUCUGUCACCUUCGAUGAAUUUGACAAAACCUUUGCACUGAACGCAAGGGCACCGCUGUUUGUCACCCAAGCCGCCAUUCCAUACUUGCCCAAAGAUCGUUCCGGGCGUAUCGUCAAUGUGUCGAGCAUAACAACGAGCAUGGGGUUCUGGUGGCAGAGCUGCUAUGCAGGUACCAAAGGUGCACUUGAGGCCAUGACGCGCGUUUGGGCUCGCGAGCUUGCUGAACAUGCGACCGUCAAUUCAAUCAACCCCGGUGCCAUGUUGACUGGCAUGUACUCAGGUCUUCCACAGGAGAUGCUUGAGAAGGUCUGGUCUCUAAACUAUAUGGCGCCUUUGGCUAGAACACGUGAGGGCAUUGAUAAACCCGAAAUAAUCGAUGCUGCUAAGGGUCUGGGUGGACGACCGGCAUACUUAGAGGAGGUUGCUGGUAUAGUGGGAUUGCUGUGCGCCCCAGAGGCUGGAUGGAUCACUGGACAAGUCAUUGGAGCAAACGGUGGCGGCGUGAUGACGAAGGGUUAGAUAACGAUGGAUCAAAGACAGGACUUUACUCUCUCAAAUAAAAAAAAGAUUAAGAUAGUAGCC